UUCAAAUUUUAAAAUAUAGUACAAAUAUCCUUCGAAAAAUCCUCUUAAAAACAAUGUUGUUUUACUCAUUCUUCAAGUCACUGGUUGGAAAAGAUGUCAUAAUAGAAUUGAAGAAUGAUCUGAGUAUUUGUGGCACGCUGGAUUCAGUGGAUCAGUUUCUGAACAUCAAGUUGACGGAUAUCAGUGUUACGGACCCAGAGAAGUAUCCUCAUAUGUUGUCUGUAAAGAACUGUUUCAUUCGUGGUUCGGUUGUGCGAUACGUGCAGUUGCCAGCAGAAGAGGUUGACACCCAGUUGCUUCAGGAUGCCACAAGGAAAGAAGCAACUCAAACCAAGACGUAGUCCAAGCUUUUAGGAGUGAAUUUGCUACCCGUUUUGUGCAAUAACUGCCUUCUACAUCCAACAAUGCUCGAAGAUUGAGGACACCAAUAAAUGCCUUCAUAGAUUGAUGUAUUAAUUUUAUGUCAAACUUAACAUAGUUGUAUGGAAGAACUUUUUUUAUGAAAACUUGAGUGCAAACUGUGUGUGUCAUCUGUUAAAGUUAUUUUGAUUGUGAUUGCCUCUGUUGUUUUAGUAGCAUCAAAAGAACGAUUUGUGUAAAAAUUAACGACCCUCUUAUAUGAAUUGGUGAAUUAGAUUUUUCUUUUCUGAAGUAAUAAAUUUUAUGACAACUCA